AUGGCUUCAUCAAAUAAAACCACAACUCCAACUGGCCCGCGAAGGAAAUCGACCAAGCAGAGCCAAAUCAUCACUCUCAAGCUGUCGCCCAAGCUUUUGCAGAAGUUCGACCCACCAGCACCAGUCGUCAAAGAAGAGUCCCCAUUAAAGGAAUCACCAUCCUCUUCAAAUUCAACUACAGUUCCCGUCGCGGCCAGCUCAAAUGGCGACAACAAAUCCGACUCGAAUGCCAACACCCCCGUUCCUAACGACGCCAACCCUCCUUCUACCUUGAUGCCACCUCCUACUGAGGGUCCUAAGAAGAAAGCUCCGAAGAGAAGCGCUGGUGCUGCACUGGGACCAGAUGGAUUACCAAAACCCAGAGGCAAGCCAGGUCCAAAAAAGAAGGCCAGGUUGGAGGACGGCUCAAUCGAUCACUCGACUACAACACCCAGAGCCGCAAAUGGCACUGCUGCCCACAAGCUAGGUCCCAAGGCCAACCAAGGUGCUAUUAAUGCCGGUCUUCGCGCUUUAGACCGAACAGGAAAGCCGUGUCGCAAGUGGCAGAAGGGUGGCUUCAGACUGAAGAGCUUCACCGGCGUGAUUUGGGAAAUUCCUCGAUGGACAGCACCUCCAAGGAUCACUGUCGAAUCGAAGACUAGCACGGAAGGCUCGGCAUCUGGAUCUGGUGACAGCAGCAAAGAAAAUAAGGACAACAGCCAAGUUGAAAGCGAGAAGAGCAAUAAUGGUAUUGAUGUUGAGAUGGCUUCGUCACCUGCUCCACAAGUUGCUCACUCCGCUACCCCUCCCAUAACCUCUGUUCCUGCUGCUCCAACACCUCCAGUCACUGAAUCAACACCAGUCGUUACUGCUUCAGUCUAA